AUGCAUGCAAUGCAGGCUGACAAGGAGCACCAUUUUGAUGAAUUUGCCGGUGAGAAAGAACACCAGUUCCAAGGCAGCGGCCGCAAUUUGAUCAUCAGAACUUAUGAGGAUUUCAUGCAGAAUGCAAUUGGUGGAGUGGUGACGCGUGCUUCCAAGGACUUGGCCAGGUGGGCUACGGAGGUGCCGAAAGAUUGGCAUGGCUGCCAAACGGUAGAGCUGGGUUCUGGAUGUGGUUUAGUCAGCAGUGCCCUUCUUCGAAUGGGAGCCCACAUUGUUGCUACUGACCUCGCGGAAAUCCUCCCACACUUGGAGUACAACAUUUCGCUGAAUGCAUAUUCAGGCUGCGACGAGUGGCAUGUGCAAGCAUUGAAUUGGGACAGUUCAAGCGAUCGGGCUGCCUUGCGAUCAAAGCUUGGAAGCAGCGGUGCAGAUGCAAUUUUUGCAGCAAACUGUGUUUACACUCGUGACACUGUCGGGAUGUUCCUCAAGACUCUCAAGGCAUUGUCUGGCCCAGACACUCUCGCGCUGAUGUGCGGGGUUCCAGUGCCGCCUGCCAUGCUGCAGGACGGCGAAACAAGCAUCGUUGAUGCGUUCUUGAGUGCUUGCCCUCGUUUCUUCGACAGCUACUUGCUAGAAGUCCCAGGCUCUCUUGAGGACGACGAGGACGAACCAAGGGAGUCAAAAUAUUCUCCCUUGGCACUGCAACUUGCACGCCCACAUGGCCUUAGAGUUUCUGCAACUUGGACUUGA